AUGGAGGUCUGGAACUCCACCUUGGCAAGCAGCUUCAUAUUGGAGGGCAUUCUCAAUGACAGUGGAUUUCCUGAACUGCUCUGUGCUACAAUCACAGUACUGUACAUCCUGGCCCUGACCAGCAAUGGGCUGCUGCUCCUGCUCAUCACAAUGGACGUGAGGCUCCACGUGCCCAUGUACCUCCUGCUUAGGCAGCUCUCUCUCAUGGACCUCCUUUUCACAACAGUUGUCACACCCAAGGCCAUCAUGGAUUUUCUCCUAGGAGAUAACACCAUCUUCUUUGGAAGCUGUGCCCUGCAGAUGUUCCUGGCACUGACACUUGGUGGAGCAGAGGACCUGCUUCUAGCCUUUAUGGCCUAUGACAGGUAUGUGGCCAUUUGUCAUCCUCUCAACUACACGAUCUUUAUGAGCACAAAAGUCCUUUGGCUCAUGGUGACCACAUCGUGGUUCCUGGCAUCCUUGAGUGCCCUUGUAUAUACAAUUUAUACCAUGCAAUAUCCCUUCUGCAAAGCCCGGGACAUUAGCCAUCUUCUCUGUGAGAUUCCACCUUUGCUGAAGUUGGCCUGUGCAGACACCUCCACCUAUGAACUCUUGGUGUAUGUGAUGGGUGUGACAUUCCUGAUUCCCCCACUUGCUGCCAUUCUGGUCUCUUACACACUGAUUCUCUUCACUGUGCUCCGUAUGCCCUCAAAUGAGGGGAGGAAGAAAGCCCUUCUCACCUGCUCCUCCCACCUGGCUGUGGUUGGGAUGUUUUAUGGGGCUGCCACAUUCAUGUAUGUCCUGCCCAAUUCUUUCCAUAAUCCCAGACAAGACAACAUCAUCUCUGUGUUCUACACAAUUGUCACUCCAGCCCUGAACCCCCUCAUCUACAGUUUGAGAAAUAAGGAGGUCAUGGGGGCCUUGAGGAGGAUCUUGGGAAAACACUUAUUUCCAACACACCCAACUCCCUGA